UUUGCUUGGCGGCGGCGGCGGCGACUCGCGAUUGAUAACGCGGACCUCGGCUCCGGCUCCGGAUGGCCUGGAUAUCACUAAUCACUAUCAACUCGUAUCAUUUGUGUUUUGACCGGCGUCGACGAUGGCAGCAACUGCGUCCAGCGUAGUCGUUCUCGACAGGGGAAAUAAUACAACAUGUACGAUCAACUUGCACGGUGCCACCGUGGUCUCUUGGAGGGUUAACAAUCAGGAACAGUUGUUUGUCAGUAAACUGGCUGUUUUUGAUGGUCAAAAAUCAAUUCGAGGUGGCAUUCCAAUAGUUUUUCCUCAUUUUGGACCCUGGGCUUAUGGACCUCUUCAUGGUUUUGCCAUGACAUGCAGAUGGAAUGUUGAAAAACAACCUGAACCGUUAGACAAUGGUGAUAUUGAAGCAUUAUUUUCAUUAGUGGACAAUUCCAUUACAAAACAAAUGUGGAAUUAUAGUUUCAAAUUAGUUCUAAGAGUGAUAUUGAGAGAAAAAGAGUUACAAGUCAGCUUUAAUUUAUAUAACUCAUCUCUAGAACCAUUUCAAUUUAACAUGCUUUUCCAUACGUAUCUAAAAGUACCAGAUGUCCGAAAGUGUAAUAUAUCUGGUCUUCAAGGAUGCAUGUAUGUAGACAAGACAAAGGAAAAUAGUGUGUAUCAAGAACCGAGAGAAAUGGUGACUGUUAAUCAUUGGACUGAUAGAAUCUAUCAAAAUACACAACAGGAACAUGUGAUUUCAAAUGUUGUAUCUGGAAGAAAAAUGAAAAUGAUUAAAUACAAUAUGCCAGAUACAGUUGUAUGGAACCCAUGGGAUGUAACAUCAAGUACAAUGAGUGACUUUGGUGAAGAUGAAUAUCCAAACAUGAUAUGUGUUGAAGCUGGCAUCGUGGUAACUCCGAUUACAUUAAAUCCAAAUAACACAUAUGAAGGCACAAUAAUUUUACAGGUUAUGUGAGUAGAGUCGGGAGCUGCUGUUGGCGGGGCGAGGUCUAAAGUACGUGGGGUCAAUGCACGCCAACGUUGCUCGCCAUUAUCCGCAGACAUUAAUAGAAACUCCGGCAGCUCCUAUUUUCAAUCACAAACAUCACCUGUUUCAACAAUGUUUAAUAGACAACCAGCUGUAAAUCAUGGAUGGUUUACUUCCAUGAUGACAACGACUGA